AAUACCGCUUUAUCUUUGAGCUUCAGAUAGAAGAAUUCAAUGGCCGAACAUUGUGUACAUCUUGAUAUUAUAUCAGUAUUGUAGGUUGAAGAUCACUGCAAAUUGAUUGGUUGGGAAUAAAGCAAAGAGGGGAGCCGAUAUAUAACUUUGUGGCGAGCUUGAUAUAAAACAUUUUUUCACGUCGUUUCUCCCAACUCGUUCUUUUUUUUGAGUCAACGUUGACUCGGUAUCCAUUUUUUAACAGACUUUUUCAUGUGCUUAUGUGCAAUUUGUAAAGUACACUUCAGCCCAUUUUACAAGGGUUGCAUUGUGGACGAAGCUUCCCCGGCUACUAGCAGUGCAUUUCUCCCCUAUAAUUGGAGAAUAUUCUUGAACGGAGAACCUCCUUGGAACUGCUGAUUUUCGCAGCGCAGAAGUAACACCCGCUUUUUAAGACAUCCUGAGCAACUCUGAGCACAGGUUGCCUCCUUGCUUAUUACAACACAAGCUCCUAAAUACAUUUAAUAAUUAUAUCUUUAUACCAUUUCAAUUAUCAUCAAAAUGAGAUUCACAAAUACCGACGAACGCGUUCACGUUUUGGAUGCACAAUCUAAUGUUUGGUCCGUUAUUAUGGACAUUGCCGAUUCUGGAGUACAGGAAGAAGCUUUUUAUGUGUGCGACGUUGGAGACAUCGUUAGAAAGCACAAAACUUGGAAAGCGCUUUUGCCAAGGGUCCAACCGCAUUAUGCUGUUAAAUGCAAUGACAGCCUGACCGUCCUCGAAGUCCUCGCCGCUUUGGGCACCGGCUUCGACUGCGCUUCCAAGGGCGAAAUCAAUAAAGUCCUCUCACUCGGCGUCAACUCCGACCGCAUCAUCUUCGCCAAUCCCGCCAAACCCUCAAGUCACAUCCGUCAUGCAGCUGCAACGGGUGUUUCAACCAUGACAUUCGAUAACGAGACAGAACUCCACAAGAUCAAGAGUUUUUAUCCCGACGCCAAGCUCGUUAUUCGCAUCCGUUGCGACGCCACCGACGCCCAAUGCCCUCUUGGCAUGAAAUUCGGCUGCGAUUCUGUUCUGGAAGCCCCCCGUUUACUUCGAACGGCCCGAAAUCUCGACCUCAACGUCAUUGGAGUCAGCUUCCAUGUGGGGUCGGGCUGUCGGGAACCUUCGGUUUUCAAACGAGCGAUUGCCUCUUCAAGAGAGGUGUUCGACAUGGGGCAAGCUCUGGGGUACAACUUUACACUUCUGGAUAUCGGAGGAGGGUUCCCAGGGGAUCGUGGGACUUCUCUGGAUCAAAUUGCACAAGUUGUUAAUUCGGCCCUUGAUGAUUACUUUUCGGACCCUUCGGUGGAGGUUAUAGCCGAACCGGGACGGUUUUACGUCAGUUCUGCUUACACUCUCAUUUGUAACAUUCAUUCGAUUCGUGACGUCAUCAGCGAAGAUGAGACCACUCGACACAGGAUGUAUUACAUCAAUGAUGGGGUUUAUGGAAGUUUCAAUUGUAUUUUGUACGACCAUCAAAGAGUGGUACCUCAACCAUUGCAUGAACUGCCAGGCUCGAAAUACUACUCGAGUAGUAUCUGGGGGCCCACUUGUGACGGUUUGGAUCAAGUCGUUGAAGAAGUUUUGCUUCCGGAGAUGGGACUUGGGGAUUGGAUCGUUUUUGAGAACAUGGGGGCUUAUACUUUACCAGUUGCAAGUCCUUUUAACGGUUUUCCAGUAGCGAAAGUACACGUGGUUGCCGAUGAAAGCAUUUGGGUUCUGUUGAAGGAUAUAAUGCCGCUCACAGACGAACAUUUUGUCAUGGGGGACUUACCAACAAAUGUCAAUAUUGAAAAUGGAGGAAACGUCGCAAUUGAAUUACCAAUUAGAAUGCAAGUCACUGGAAAUGACGCCAUUAUUGAAGAACACGUUCUCGAGUUUGCAUUCUAGCAUAAAUAUGCUUCUACAGGGGUAAAUAUAUUGAAAAAAGCUGAAAAAAAAUGUAAAACCGGUUUCUUUUUACACUAGUAUAGAGAUAUAAUUAUGAAAUGUUUUUGGUAGUGCGAGUAUUUUUAUUCGAUAAUAUUAGAACGCAUAUUAUUGAAUAGAAAUAUUCAUAGUAUAAGCAAGGGGGCAACUAAUGCUUAUUUACUUUGGAUUCAAUGUAAAAACAGUCUAGUAUUUUUCUCGCUUGAAAAUUGACUAGGGUGUAUUAUUGUUCUAUUACUGUGCUUUGUAGAUGUAGAAAUUAUAAAAUAAAACUUGCAAUCAAA